UUAGUAAUAGUUAAGACUGGUAUUAUUCGUACCUCUGGCAGAUUAAGAUGUAAAGUCAUUCUUCUACAUUAACCUAGAGAUUAGAGCGAUGGCAAGGAGGCUUUCCAACCUCAAUUUUGAAGCAAAGAGAAACAUCAGCACACAUCAAAAAGAUUGCAUUAAAAUGUAUUUUUCUUACUCCUGUCCGUGUGGUACGCAUGUUAGUAUAGUAGUUAUUUAAAAUAACUCUUGAUAGACUUGAGGAGAAAUAAACGUUUUAGAGAUGAAGCGAGAAGGACUUGUAAUGCAAACAUGAAGCAGUCUUUUAGUUUCCUCCAUUUACUUGCCCACAUUUGCCUUCCACCCGCCACGCAGCUUCAGGAAGAAACACCUUGUUGUGCUUUUAUUGUGAUAACCGGAAGUUCCGAGGGUCUGCAACGCCAAGUCAAGCCGAAAGUGUUGUCAUCAGUCGUUUUUCUAACGUGACUCAUUUGUUUGUUUACAAUCAUUUGACGCGCUGUUUCAGCAGCCGGAGCGCCGACCUGACGCCUCGACUCGCCUACUGCCGCUGCGUCGCAACAAACUAUUCCGAAGCGACUCCCUUUCACCCGAGGGAACAAUCUAUGCAGAGAUUAUAUAUUUGAGAGAUGGGUUCAGAGAACUCUGACCACUUUGGACCAGCGGCGGUCCUUGUCGACGAAGACGAGCAAGAAGUAGGUGGUCUAAUCAACUCAGACGGGGAAGAAGUGGAGUUCUCCGAAGUCAGAGCAAAUCCCAUCUCAGGCGUCAUAUCUGCAGAGACUCCCUCCAAGAAAUUGAUUCAGAGUGAGAGUGAAAAGCUAGCAUCCCUCCACAGCUGCUCGGUUUGUGGGAAAGACUUUCCUUAUGCCUCUAAGCUUCAGCGACAUCUGCGCACUCACUCGGGAGAGAGACCCUUCCCUUGCUCCAUGUGCGAAAAGAGAUUUCCAGAGAAAGGGCUCCUCAUGAUCCACGAAAGGGUCCACACGGGCGAAAAGCCGUUCCCGUGCACUUUCUGCACCAAGAGGUUUGCCAGUCAGGGGGAGCUUCGGCUCCACCGGAGGACUCACACGGGCGAGAGGCCCUACCACUGCUCCAUCUGCCUGAAGAGCUUUUCUCGGCACUGGCACUUAAAGACACACCUGGAGGCGAUGCACUGCGAGGUAGUCGCAGGCUUCACGAGGAAGAAGUUCCCAUGCUCGGACUGUGAGAAGAGCUGCAACUCGGCGGCCGAGCUGAGGGACCACCAGCGGACUCACACUGGAGAAAGGCCCUUCCAGUGCUCAUUCUGUGACAAACGGUUCGCCUUGUCUGGAACACUGGUGAGGCACGAGCGCCUCCACACCGGUAUCACCCCCUACCACUGCUCUGACUGCGGCAAGACCUUCGCGCAGCAGUGGACGCUCACCACGCACAUGAGGACUCACACGGGAGAGAAGCCAUAUAGCUGCUCUCAGUGCGACAAGUCGUUUGUCGCUCCUGGGGAACUUCGGAGGCACACCAGGAUCCACACAGGAGAGAAACCAUACACCUGCGUUGACUGCGGACGGCACUUCUCGUUAGCGGGAACUCUGAGAAACCACCGGCGGUCGUGUAUGUCGACCAAGAACGAGUCCGUCCCUGAUGUCGUCUUGGGAGUGAGUCAAGCAUCGGCGGAUGAGUCGUGCCUGGAGGGCCAGGGUAACUCCAUCAUCUGUGAGGUACCUGAAAGCGAGACCUCCCCAAAUGCUGCUGAGCGUCCUAACUGUGUCACAUUGCCUCAGCCAGAAGUUAUCCCGAGGACAAUGGAAAACCCUUCAGAGAACCACGUUUCCACUCCCCAUGUGAAAGUUAUAGUGAAACAGGAAGAAGAGGAGGAACCUUUAUACGAGGAAACUCCAGACCACGCAUCAGAUGGGGAGAAUUGUGAGACUCCGGAAGAAAAUGAAGAGCUGCAUCAGCAAAGCAACAAUGAGAUUAGGAUUACAGUAAAAGAUGAAGAGGAGGGGUCAGUAAACGAAAAUCCGGAUGCUGACGAAGACGUUGAAAAACGCGGUCUUCCAACGUCGCCUGAGGAGAAGCAAAGUCGAAGCAACUCGAAGAGUUCCUACUGCUGCGGGCUCUGUGGGAGAGACUGCCACAAGAUGUCGGCGCUGCAGAUCCACAUGCGCAUUCACUCAGGCGAGAAACCCUACCAGUGCUCCCUCUGCGGGAAACAGUUCACACAGAAGGGUCAGCUAAAAGGUCACUUUAAAGUCCACACCGGAGAGAAGCCGUAUUCCUGUCCGGACUGCGGCAAGAGCUUCGCCCACUCCGGCGCCAUGAACCGACACCGGCUCACCCACACGGGUGAGAAGCCGUACCACUGCUCUGUGUGCGACCGCAGCUUCAACCAAUCCGGCCGACUGAGGGAACACGAAAAAAUCCACCUGGGGGAGAAGUUCGACUGUCCCGAGUGCGACAAGAGCUUCACGCGCGCUUCCAGCCUCAAAAACCAUGUGAGGCUGCACACCGGGGAGAGACCGUACGGCUGUGACGUCUGUGGGCGGGGCUUCAGCCGCUCGCAGAGCCUCAGGCUCCACAGGAGGAAACACUUUGAGACCGAGGGAACGUCUCCGGUCGUCACGAAGAAUGACGACUUGUAUGAGAGCGACAAUAACUCCCCCAUUAAUAUGUGCAUAACGGAGAAAAAUGACUGAAAAAAAACUAUUUAUUUAACCAGAUAUAUAUUGGUAGUGUUUAAUAUGAGAUCAAAAGUCUGUAAAUCUGAGAAAGUGGAACGUAGCCACUUACCUCUGUGAAUUUAUUGUUACCCAUCUGUGAUGCUUCUAUAUAAAAAGUGUUAAAAACUAAAAUAUUUAUCGCUGAAGUGUACAAACAGCCUUAUGAACAGAAACAUGUGAUCUGUGCUACCAAACAGGAUUAGCUGCUCAUCAAGAAACACGAAGCUGGGUUACUCCUCACCUGGGUUCAGCACUAUUUAUUUAUUUAUUUAUUUGACCUUUUUUUUGUCCGUAGUAGGGAAUUUAUAGUGAAACAAGUUUUUUUUAUUUGAAAAUAAAAAAAAACAAACAAAAAAAGUACUUCUUUCCUCUGAUUUUCUGAGAUGCGCCAUUUCACUUCAUUAUCGUGUAAAAUGUAUUUAUUUUUUUGAGUUUCACAUCACGUUAUAAUGGUAUUCGUUCAUUAAAAACAUGCCUGGAGAAAGAGGCCCAAUUGCGAGGAGUUAAGUUGGAAAGUCAAACUGAUGUAUAGACAAUCCUGGACACGUCACGUUGCUACGUGUCCAGGAUCCCUGCUGGAGGACAAAAAAGCUGCUUGCCGACGAUGAUUAUCGUUGGUUUUACUGUCAACAUGAUGCGCUAAAUCUUAAUUGUGCUUGACAUAUUGAAGAAAAAGUGACACGGUGUUUGCGGCUAAUUGUCAACACUAUGAAACAUAUUAAAAGACGUUUAUUAAAUACACACCCUGUUGCAGGGGUCUCCAAAGUACGGCACAGGUGGGCUGAUUGGACUGAUUGGGGCCCCAAGCUCAGGUGAUUGGUAGAAAUGGGGGCUUUUUAUGUUUUAUUCGUGCAAAAUUAUUACAGACAAAUUCUAAUCUUCCUAGCACACACACGCACAAGAAAUGUGUCUUAAUACUCAUAUUUUUUGCGUUCUAUUCAUUUUCAGCAAUGUUUCCAUUACAAAUGUUCAGAUGUUUUUCUGGCUAUUCUGCUAAUGUAAAAAAAAAAAAACACUUUUAGCGAAUGUACUAAUUUUAAAUUCAAUUUGUACAAUUCAGUGGUUAAAGGAAGCACAGCUAAAGUAAAACGAACCACAUCAUGUUUUUGGCUCAUGACUUUUACUCUGAAAGGAACUGCUGUGCAACUAAAUCUGUUAUAAUUUUUUUUUUUUUUUUUACUUGGCUAAAUACAACUGGCUUGUUUAAAGUCAGAGUGACUUCAAUUCUUUUUUCAUUACUGAGAAUUAGACCAUUUAUUAGCCAAAAGAAUGUCCAAACUGGAUUCCUUCCUCAUAAUGAAAACGCGCAAAACCCUUUUUAACUUCUGGAUGUACAAUGUUUUAAACUUUCCUCUGAAAAAUUCAACCCCUUUAUUUAAAUAAUUGUUUUGCUUAUCUUGUUAAGUAGUAAAAGUAAAACACCACACAUUUUUGGUGGUUUAAAUAAUUUAAAAAAUGAUUUUCUUUUUUUUUGUCUUGUAGGAACUGUUGCCUUUACAAUUUUUGCUCGGGACAAAACCUUCGGAUACCCCUGCCAGUGUGCUUUUUUUAUCUUUCAAACUCAAAACUUUGCAGUGAUACACAUCCCUGCAUGACCAGCAUUUUUAUUAUCAUUAUUUGUACCUUAGAACGUAGGUGCUGUGAGAUUUUAAUGGUUUAAAACCCCAAAUUAUUAACUUCAACGAAGGAUUUACACCUUCUGUCUUCAGCAACCUCCACAAACCGCCACCAGUACGGUUCAUAUCCCAAAAUCCUACCUCCAUUGCAGGACUGAAGUAAAUUUCUAACUAGGUUAUCAGUUUUUAAUUUGCUGUUUAUGUCAAGAGAAAAAGAGAUGAAUCACUAUAUGAUAUGUCAAACCUGCUUUAUAGUCCAGGCCUCGGUUGUGUUCAGAUUCUAACGGUAUGUGUUUAAUAAACGGAGUAAAAAUUCUUAUAACAGCUCAGAUUUACACACAGAAAUGCAUUGAGAACGCUGCAGGUUCUAUCCACAACCAAAACCUUAGGAAAACAAUAACAUCUCAAUACAGAAAGUAAAGAAAAUGGAUUAUUAGUGAGUUUUUUUUUUUUUUUAAUUAACAAGUGUUUACAUAUUUCCAUCUACGCAAACGUUUUCUGAAGAUUUAGUUUCCUCUGAAUCUGGACGAAUGUUUUGUAUGAAUUUUUUAUUUGUGUAACCGCCGUCGAAGUGACUUCACCCUGAACAGGCGACCUCGAUCGGACACAUUCCAGAGUUCGUUUUGCCUCUGCAUCAUGUGGCAGCCCACAUGUUUUCAUCUGGAUAAAGCUCCAGAAUCUGGGCUGGUGUUUUCAUGACGCCAAUCUGGUUAGUUUGGGACCAAAACGCAGCUGCUUUACUGCUGCGUUUGGGAUGUUGUUAAAGCUUCUGCUUUCUUUCAGUGCUUCUGAACUGAUCGGUAACUUUGAUGAGUAGGUCUGACGACAUAGAAUGAGAAACAUGACCACAGCAUGAUACCUGAGUCACCGUGCUUUAAUGUAUGGUGACCAAAACUAAUUGUUUGAGGACUUAGGUCCAAAAGGAGGAAUCUUGUUAUUGUUCAGCAAAAUGUUGCACCAAAUCACUUUAGGACAGUCAGUCAGUUUGUUCUUUGGCAAAUUUUAAUCUGCAAAUUUU